AUGGAAGAAUCUGAUACAAGAGUUACGAAGAAUAUUCCUCAAGAGGCCUAUUUUUUUCAGCCAACAGGGCCAUCAGUUUGCCUAAAUUCGGGCCAAUCCAUAAUCAGAUUCAUAUUUUACGGAGUUCCUUUUACCAAUUAUGAGCUCAAUGAGCUAUCAAAUUUCAAAGAAGCAAUUAAUUCUUUCUCUCCCAGAAUAAAUCUGCCUCCACAUUUUACCGAUGAGGAGCUUCUCAGAAUCCUCAUCAGUUCAGGGUUCAACAAAAAGCAAGCUGUCAAAGAUUUAUUAGCAGCAAUUCAAUGGCGAGCUAAUCUUUCACAAGGAUUUUAUACUCUCCUUCCGAAAUGUGAGCAUCUGAUUAACACAGGCGGAAUUUAUUUUCACGGAAGAGAUUUUCAUUAUAGGCCGCUUCUUGUGAUAAAUGUAUCGAGGAUCAAUUUUAAUGCCCAUUCUGUUGAAGAAUAUUCGUGACUCCUUUGUUUUUGGCUUGAGUAUGGAAUUCAGUCUUUAAUGUUACCAGGACACGUUGAGAACUGGAUGGUCAUUAUAGACUUGGAAAACCAGUCCUUAACCCCUUUAAAUUGAAACAAAAUUUCCAUUUUUCGCCCUCCUUAAAUUUGAACAAAAUUUUUUUCUAUAUGAAAAUUUUUUUAAUGAAAAUAUUAAUUUUAUAAAAUUAGUUUUGACCUAAUUUAAUAUACAAAAUGCAAUCUGAAUACUAUUUUAAACAGUUUUUACACUGAUUCGAUUUAUUAUUUUAAUUAUUUCUUUAUAAAAAUAAAUUAAAAUUCAUAGAUUGUGCUCAAUUUAUUCUUUUUUAUCAAAUUUAAAUAAAUUUUUUUGUUUUAGAAAAAUAUUAAUUCCCUUUAAAUUAGAGCAGGAUUUUUUUUUCAGUUUAAAGGGGAGGAGUAAGGCAAAUUCCGUGGACUGAUCUAAAAUCACUGGUGGAUCUAUUGAAAACUAAUUAUAGAUGUAGGAUGAUUACUGCUUAUAUAGUAAACUCGCCUUUUACUAUGAAGUGUAUGUGAAAAAUGAUAAGACCGUUUAUACCGGAGCAAACUGCAAAUAAAGUUAAAAUAUUAGGGUACGGUCCAGUUGACGAGCUGAAGAAACUCUUUGCAAGACAUCAAUAUGAAGAAAAAUAUGGAGGAUCUGCCCCAAAUGCCACAGUUUUUUGGCCUCCAACGAUGCCACCUGGACCUUUUGCUCCUUCAUCAUAA